AUGUUCCUGCCGCUAGCGCUCGUGUCGUUCCUUUUACUUCUUUUCAAAAGCCCUGUCCAGCAGAGUCAGCAGAAACGGCCUCUUGUGUUUAGCGAUAUCAAUUUCCUCCAUACCACGGAUACCCAUGGAUGGUACUCGGGACACAUAAACCAGAAAACGUACGAUGCGGACUGGGGCGAUUUCGUUCUGUUUGCAAGUCACAUGAAAGAAAAGGCUGCCGAACAGGGCCAGGAUCUUUUGUUGGUGGAUAGUGGCGACCGCCAUGAUGGAAAUGGCUUAUCGGACAUAACUGUGCCCAAUGGAGAAAAAUCGUUACCCAUUUUCAUGCAACAGCACUACGACAUCAUUACCUUGGGCAACCACGAGCUCUAUUUGGCCGAGAAUUCUGCCCAAGAAGUGGAUUUACUCAUUCCCCACUAUAAGGAGAAGUACAUCUGCUCUAAUGUAGAGUUCGAAAAGAACGGCACCUGGCACCCGUUUGGAACAAAGUACAGGUACUUUCUGACACCAAUUCAAGGAGCACGGGUGCUUUCGUUUGCAUUUUUGUUUGAUUUCAACAGGAACAAUGUCAAAACAAAAGUCACUCCCAUCGUCGAUGCCAUUGAGCAAGAUUGGUUUCAGGAGGUUUUGGAUAUGUAUCCCCCAGAAUCAGUAGACUUGCUUUUGAUAGUGGGCCAUCUUCCAAUCACCAGAAAAUGGAGUGAAGUAGGUGUACUCCACGCUAAGUUGAGAACUUAUUACCCUGACACCAAAAUUCAGUAUUUUGGUGGUCACAGCCACAUCAGAGAUUUUGUUGUGUACGAUGAGAAGCUGACAGGACUCCAGAGUGGCAGGUUCUGCGAAACUGUCGGCUUUCUUAGUCUCAAUUUGAGCUCAUCCGAUCUUGACGCCCGUGAAAGAUAUUUCCGUUCAUACAUUGACUUUAACACUGACCUGUUUGAGUUUCACUCUGGCGCAGGAGGCGAUUUCGAAACAAAAAAAGGAAAGGAGGUUUCUCAAUUGAUUCACCAAACACGCAAGGACUUGAACUUGGACAUGCGUUUGGGCGAGGUGGCACAAAAUUACUACAUGGACUACGUACCCAUUUCGCAUCCACAUAGCAUUUUCCGCUUACUUACGAAAAGGGUUUUACCGCUGCUCCAUCCACAAGGAAACAUAUCCGUAAAUGAAGAAAGGAUCAUAAUAAUCAAUACCGGCUCAAUUCGCUACGAUUUAUACAAGGGGAAUUACACAGUGGACUCGCAUUACAUCGUUUCGCCGUUUCAAAAUGAAUGGGUGCGGAUCUCUCUUCCCAAACGGCUUGCCGUCAAGAUCAGCCCUCUUCUUAACAGAAACGACUACAUUGCCAGUGCCGGGAGUGGGACGUUCUCGAAUCUGGACUUGCGGCCUCCACAUCAAAGAUUCAUGGAAAAUAAAAUAUCAGCUUCGAAAUUUUCAGCAGCACAAAUCCCAAUGAUACGCCCAGGAGUUUUUGCACCGGAAUCUACGGCUGGAAAACUUUCCAAGGGUUAUGUGACGCAUGAUGACUUUGGUACUGAUGGCGACGAUACACGCCACCGACCAGUGAUAAAUUACCCGAUUCCAAAUGUCGUUCAGAGUAUGGAAUUUCAGAAGAGCAAUCCCGAUGCAACAGUGGACGUGGUAUUCUAUAGUUUUCUCCUUCCUAAUAUCGAGUGGGCUAUGAAAGAAUUGAACCACGCUAUGCCUCAGGUCGAUUUUUAUUCAGACAAGUACUUGGGUCUUCUUCUUGAUGAGUACGUGCAAAAGAAUGAAGUUUAG